AACUCAGUGACUGACAAACAUGGCAGUUGCAGUGGGAGAUAUAGUUAACCCCAAUGGCCUCCUCGUCCAAGUCAUCACAGGACGAUGGUUCGUGGUCUUCGCCUCCUUCCUUAUCAUGGCCGCCGCCGGCGCCACCUACAUGUUCAGUUUAUACUCCGGCGACAUCAAAUACGCCCUGGCCUACGACCAAACGACCCUCAACCUCCUCAGUUUCUUCAAAGACCUGGGGGGCAAUGUCGGUGUGCUCUCCGGCCUCAUAAACGAGAUUACUCCUCCGUGGGUGGUUCUGGCCAUGGGUUCCCUCCUCAACUUCUUCGGCUACUUCAUGAUAUGGCUGGCGGUCACAAAAAGAAUACCCAGACCGCAAGUGUGGCAGAUGUGCCUCUACAUCUGCAUCGGCGCCAACUCUCAGUCCUUCGCCAACACCGGUUCCCUCGUGACCUGCGUCAAGAACUUCCCCGAAAGCCGUGGUGUUGUGUUGGGCAUCCUCAAAGGCUACGUGGGUCUGAGUGGAGCCAUCAUCACGCAGCUCUACUACGCCUUCUACUACGACGACUCCAGGUCCUUGAUUUUGCUCAUAGCCUGGCUCCCAGCGGCUAUCUCCUUCGCUUUCCUUCGUACCAUUCGUUACAUGAAACCCGUUCGACAACCCAACGAGCUUAGUGUCUUCUACAAGUUCUUGUAUAUCUCACUGGCUCUCGCUGGCUUCCUCUUGCUCAUGAUCAUAGUUCAGAAAAAAUUAUCCUUCUCGCAAAGUGAAUAUGGCGCAAGUGCCGGGGUUGUGCUUCUCCUGCUCUUCCUUCCUCUUGCUGUUGUUUUUGUUGAACAACGUAAAAUCAGGGAGACUCAAAAGCUAGCAUUCAUUGACCCAUCCCCUGUGAAGAUAUCAGCUGAAAGAGAGCUACCGAAGUCGGCAAACGGUGACUCUAACCCGGUUUUGGGUCCGAUUUCAAAGACCGAAGAGACCAGAUGGUGGCAAAAAGUCUUUAGUCCACCGGCUAGAGGUGAGGACUAUACUAUACUUCAAGCACUAUUCAGCUGGGACAUGAUACUUCUAUUCGUAGCCGGCACGUGCGGUGUUGGGGGAACUUUGACCGCCAUUGAUAAUCUUGGUCAGAUUGGAAGCUCGCUGGGGUACUCCAAGGCUAGCAUAAGCACGUUUGUGUCGUUGGUUAGCAUUUGGAAUUAUAUGGGUCGGGUUUUUUCUGGAUUUGUCUCGGAACAUUUUCUGCAACAGUACAAGUUCCCUCGACCACUGAUGCUCACGCUGACCCUGCUCUUAUCCUGCGUGGGUCACCUUCUGAUAGCCUUCGACGUGCCGAACGGACUCUACCUUUCAUCGGUGGUCAUCGGGUUCUGCUUUGGCGCGCAAUGGCCUCUGGUGUUCGCCAUAAUUUCGGAGCUGUUUGGGCUCAAGUACUAUUCAACGUUGUACAACUUUGGCGGUGCAGCGAGCCCAAUUGGGCUCUACCUUCUGAACGUGAGGGUGACCGGGCACCUGUAUGACAAGGAGGGUCUGAGGCAACUUGCAGCGGCGGGAAAACCAAGAAUUGUUGGCCAGGAAUUGACUUGUACAGGGGGCAGUUGUUUCAAGUUGUCUUUCAUCAUUAUCACUGCAGCCACCGUUUUCGGUGCCAUAAUUUCACUGAUCUUGGUGGCUAGGACUAUUGAGUUCUACAAAGGUGAUAUAUACAAGAGGUACCGUGACCAAGCUGAGGAAAACACAACGACCGCCACGAGCACCGAGAUGAAGGUGGUCGAAAGCGGUGGUGAGAGAAGACAAGAAGCCGUGGUGGAGUAGAGUUUGGAGUUGGAAGGAGAUUGGAGAACGUGGUGCUUACACGUCAGCGCGUGAGUUAGAUAGUGAUGAAUUCCCAGCCCCACGACAUGGAUGGCAAACCAAAUAAAAGUCUAUAUAGUGAUUGGAAAAACAAGUAGAAACUGAUAGACUGACUCAAAAUAGAGUUGGGACCACUUCGUUUUCUCUUUUUUAGAGUACUUCAAAAUUCCAGGGACUGAAAAUUAAAAUAUAAUUAUUCUAGGCUGUAUAUAAAUACAUACAGCUGCCACUUUAUUCAAUGAAAUACAGUAUUCUUCUUGUGGCUACAA